GACGUCACGGCGCAGCUGACAGCAAUGAAGCGCAGUUGAGUUAAGUCCGCCGGUCUGAACGCGCCGGUAACCGCAGACCUCACGCGAAUCCCGUCAGUUUUGGGGCUUCUCACGGUCCGGUAGCGCGUAUAUUAAACAUAUGCGCCGUCGUGCGCCCAUAUUGACGCUCUGACGCGACUGAAGCGCUGUUUUAGUUCACUUCUGUGAAUUCGCGCGUCUUUGCUCUUUUCUAACGGUUGUUUCUAACGGCCGCUCCGGGCUGAAGUGCGUCAGCCACGGCCAUGAUCACCUCCACCCCGAUGGAGAGCCGCUCCUCCGCCGUGCGCUCCUCCAGGCGGAGCGGCGCGUCUCCGUCCGGCGUCAGCCCGACGCGUCUGACGCGCCUGCAGGAGAAGGAGGACCUGCGGCAGCUCAACGACCGCCUGGCUAACUACAUCGAGCGCGUCCGGCAGCUGGAGAGCGACAAGUCGUCCCUGCAGCUGCUGCUGGAGGAGAAGGAGGAGCACGCGCGCAGGGAGGUCGGGAGCGUGCGCCGCCUGUACGAGACCGAGCUCGCGGACGCGCGCAAGUCUCUGGACGCCACCGCGAACGAGCGCGCACGGCUUCAGAUCGAGCUGACGCAGCUGCAGGAGGAGCACCGCAGACUCACGGCCAGGUCAAGAGUUCAACUCGCCUUGAGUUGUUAUAAUGUGCAGUCGUUUCCAAACCUUGAACCCAAUGAAGUAAAGCAAGUAAACUCUUCCUCUGCCUUACAGCUGGAGUCUGGGCUGCAGAACCUCAAAGCCCAGCUGAACUCGGAGAUGCUGCGGCGCGUGGACGCUGAGAACCAGCUCCAGACGCUUCAGGAGCAGCUGGACUUCCAGAAGCAUCUCAGUGAACAGGAGGUGCGUGAGAUGCGCAGUCGUCACGAGAGCCGGCUGGUGGAGCUGGACAGCGGCAGACAGAAGGAGUUCGAGGGGAAACUAGCCGAAGCCCUGAAGCAGCUCCGAGAGGAACAUGAAGCUCAAAUCCAGCAGUACAAAGAGGAGCUGCAGAAAACCUUCGCCGCUAAGCUGGAGAAUGCCAAGCAGGCGGCGGUGAAGAACAGCGACUUCGCCUCGUCGACGAGAGAAGAGCUGGCGGGAACUAAACUCAGACUGGAGUCUCAGUCGCUGCAGAUCAACAACCUGCAGAAACAGAAUGCGGUUCUGGAGGCUCGUGUUCAGGAGCUGGAGCAGAUGCUGGAGCGCGAGCGACAGAUGAACCAGCAGCGGCUCUCGCAGAAGGAGCAGGAGAUGGCAGACAUGCGGCAGCAGAUGCAGGAGCAGCUGGAGGAGCACCAGAACCUGCUGGACGUCAAGCUCAUGCUGGACAUGGAGAUCAACGCCUACCGCAAGAUGCUGGAGGGAGAGGAGAAGCGACUGAAUCUGUCUCCGAGUCCGGUCCAGCAGUCGUCGGUCUCUCGCACGAGGAAGCGCAAACAUGAGGGCACGAGUUCAGGACUGUCUCCCAGCUACAAGCUCUCCCAGCAUUCCUCCUCGCGCGGGAACCUGUGCAUCGACGAGAUCGACCUGGACGGACGCUUCGUUAAGCUCAAGAACAACUCGGAUCAGGUGCGGCACACAGUCUCUCUGAAGAUGAUCUGA